AUGCCAGCAGACACUGCAGCAACAGUGCGAACAUGGCGGAGCUUCUCCGGCGAAGUGGAAGUUCAGUUCGAGGAAUCCUUCGGCGGCUUUUCAAUCACAGGCUUCGUGGUUUGGGAGGCAGCACAUCAGUUGAGUAAUUUUCUGUGCUCACACAAACUGCUGGUGGAGGGUCAGCGGGUCUUGGAACUGGGCGCUGGUUGUGGCCUCGUCUCUGCUGUGUCAGCUAGCCUGGGUGCAGAGGUGACCGCAACGGAUCGAGCAGACAUUGUGCCCAGAUUGAGAUGCACAGCACAGCUUGGGAAGCCGGCCCAGCGAUUCGAGGUAGCCCAGCUUGACUGGCACGCGGAUCCACCUUGGCCUGCUGGACACUUCGAUUUGAUCUUGGGCUCUGACAUUACAUAUGGUAGCCACUGCCAUGACGACUUGCUUCCGCUUUUGUGGCGUUUGAUGGUCGGUUCCAAGACGUCAGCCUUGCUUACACACGGAGUGCGGAGUCCGGAACAAACAGCGCUUCUGUGGCAUCAGAUCCUCAAGGACUGGCCAGGUACAUGUUGGCUUCUGCAUGAUUACGAAGUGUUGGAAAGAUGUCACGUGCAGCAUAAGCACGACAGUGAUCUACCCGACAAGUGCAUAACGUUUGUGCUCGGUGCCACGCGACCUGCCGGUGGAACUCUGCUUGGUGCCGCAUACGAAACUUUCCUUAUGGUGAGUCAGGAGAGGCCAUUAGUUUGUCCCCAACCGGAGCCCGAAUUACUCGGCGAAGGCAUUCUUGGACCCGCCUUGUUGGCCUGA